AUGUCUGCUCAGACUGGCGAUGUGCUUGCGAUGAACGUGGAAAAGUCCGUGGCGGUCCAGGAAGCUCAGGCCCAGGAUUCUGCCUCCUCUACUGAAAAACUUCCCUUGGAAACUGUCGAUAAGGUUUCUUCAUCUACUGACUUGGAACUGCAAGAUGAAGGCAGAGAACCAACACCAGAAGAGAUGAAGACGUUGCGCCAUGUUUCUGAAAAAAUCCCUCUUUCGUGUUGGCUUGUAGCCAUUGUGGAGUUGGCGGAACGUUUCUCCUACUACGGCUUGUCUACACCGUUCCAGAACUACAUGCAAAAUUCUCCAGACGAUAAACCCAAGGGUGUGUUGAACUUGAAGAACUCGGGUGCUACGGCUUUGUCGUACUUUUGGCAGUUCUGGUGCUACGUGACGCCUAUCUUUGGUGCUUGGCUCGCUGAUACAUACACUGGCAAGUAUAAUGCUAUUUGUAUUUUCUGUGGUAUCUACUUGGUGGGUAUUUUGAUCUUGUUUAUUACGUCUUUGCCGCUGGUGGCUUCUCAUAACACUUCUUUGGGUGGUUUCAUUGUGGCCAUUAUCAUUAUCGGUUUGGGUACUGGUGGAGUCAAGUCGAAUGUGUCUCCAUUGAUCGCUGACCAGAUUCCAAAGACUAAGCCAGUGAUUAAGGUGUUAAAGUCUGGUGAAAGGGUUGUUCAGGACCCCAACAUCACCAUCCAGAACGUCUUCAUGUUCUUCUACCUUAUGAUCAACAUUGGCUCGCUUUCGGUCAUUGCAACCACCUCUUUGGAACACAACGUGGACUUCUGGGCUGGCUACCUUUUGCCCUUGUGUUUCUUCUGUAUCGCUCCGCUUGUGUUGCUUUUGGGUAAGCCUUACUACGUCAAGGUGCCUGUGGGAGAACAGGUGAUUGCCAGAGCGUUCAAGGUUUCGUACCUUGCCAUCAAGAACAAGUUCAACUUUGACGCUGCCAGACCUUCGCUUAACCCAGACGCCAAAUACCCCUGGUCUGAGAAGUUUGUGGAAGAAGUCAGAAGAUCCGUCUACGCUUGUAAAGUGUUUGUGUUCUACCCUAUCUACUGGUUGGUUUACGGUCAGAUGAUCAACAACUUUGUGUCCCAGGCUGGCCAGAUGGAGCUCCACGGCUUGCCUAACGAUAUCUUGCAGGCCAUCAACGCCUUGACGAUUAUUAUUUUCAUUCCAAUCUGUGAACGGUUUGUGUAUCCGUUUAUCAGAAGAUUCACUCCAUUUAGAGCUAUUACUAAGAUCUUCUGGGGCUUCAUGUUUGCUUCCAGUGCCAUGGUUUACGCUGGUGUUCUUCAGCACUUUAUCUACCAGCAAGGCCCAUGUUACGAUAUGCCUAAGGAGUGUGCUGAGGAGUUCAGAACGGUUCCUAACCAGAUCCACGUUGCUAUCCAGACUCCUGCUUACUUCUUGAUUGGUAUGUCUGAAAUCUUGGCUUCUAUUACUGGUUUGGAGUACGCCUACACCAAGGCCCCAGUUUCGAUGAAGUCGUUUAUCAUGUCGCUUUUCCUUGUCACCAAUGCGUUUGGUUCUGCUAUUGGUAUUGCUCUUUCGCCAACCGCCGAGAACCCCAAGUUGGUCUGGACCUACACUGGUUUGGCGGUGUCUUGUUUCAUUGCUGGCUGUCUUUUCUACAUUAUCUUCCGUCAUUAUAAUGAUAAGGAGGAUGAGUUGAACCAGUUGGAUUAUAUGGAAGACGAUGAGAUCAGGUUGCAGCCGAUUACUUCUAUUCUGGAGAGUUUGGCUGCCCGGUAG